AUGUCUCCAAAAACCAUCUUUGUGCUUUUCCUGCUUACAGUGGUGCUCACCACUGCCACUCUUGCCGACCAUGGCAAACCUCACAAGAAACCACCACCGAAAAAGAAACCUCCAACGGAAGAAACCACCGCCCUUGAUGAGGAAACUCUGACCACCUUGGAUGGUGGCAAGAAGCCACCACCGAAAAAGAAACCUCCAAUGGAAGAAACCACCGCCCUUGAUGAGGAUGGUGGCAAGAAGAAACCACCGCUGAAAAAGAAACCUCCAACAAAAACCACCACCCUCGAUGAGGAAACCCUGACCACCUUGGAUGGUGGCAAGAAGCCACCACCGAAAAAGAAACCUCCAACGGAAGAAACCACCGCCCUUGAUGAGGAUGGUGGCAAGAAGAAACCACCACCCAAAAAGAAACCUCCAACAGAAGAAACCACCACCCUCAAUGAGGAAACCCUGACCACCUUGGAUGGUGGCAAGAAGCCACCACCAAAAAAGAAACCUCCAACGGAAGAAACCACCACCCUUGACGACGAAACUCUGGCCACCUCAAAUGGUGGCAGGCCUUUCAUGAAGAAGCCACCACCGAAAAAGAAACCUCCCACGGACUAA